AUGCCACGUGUUCCAAACUCAGCUCGGGGAAAACGCUCUACCAGAAGAAAGAAAGAUGAGAAUGAUAUGUGUGCAUUUGAUUUGCUCGCAACUGUGGCAGGAAAUUUAUUAGCAGAUCAGGACAAUUCAUCUAAUGUUCCUAAUACCAAUGCAGCAAAAGCUAAAAAAAGGAAAUCAGUUAAGGAAGAACACUUCAAUGAAAUUCUGCCUCUAAAAGAUGUGGCUAUGGAGAAAGAUGUAGGUUCUGGUAGUGUCAGUGCCUUUCCUAGGCAAGCUAACAACUGCUUGGCAGAAAACUCGUCGACAAGAAAUGGAGCUGAAUCAAUAUUAGAGUCACUAACAAUGAAAUCAAAUAUGUUAGCAAAAAUUCCUGAGUGUGGAUCUUAUGGAAUACACCAUCCAGGAUCCUCAAGUUCAGCAGAGCCUGAACAAGUGCAGCAAGCUGAACCUAAAGUGAUCAGAAGACAAGCAGAUGGGCAUGCUGUGGCUUACGGUAUAUUUGACUCCGUGGAUGUGGAUGGCAAACCUCCGGCUUUGGUUAGUUCUGACAGUAGCUCGUGUGUUCCUCUGAGCAGCCAUGACAAGGAACAUCAAACCUCUUCCUUGUAUCGGGGUGAAGUGCAGUAUACUGCAGAUAGAGAUGAUGAUGAAAAUUCUUCCGGGUGCACGCAUCCAAGCACCAUAGAAAAUAAGGGUUGCAAACCACAAUAUCUAGGUAACCAUAGGAUAAGGAAAUUGCUUGCCUCGAAGGUAAGGAAGGCAGCACGUAAUAAGAUUUGUGGAGGGAUUCCGUCAAAAAAGAUCUGUGGAGGGUUGUCAAACAAAGGUAGCAAGCUAAACUUAUGUGGGAAAAAGAUAUCCACCACACGUCAAAAGGUGCAAAGGACGAUUUUCAAGAAGAAAAAGCUAGCACAUCAUACGACAUCUUUUGCUAAAGAGAUGCUAACUGAAGCUAGCGGGACAUCGUUUGCUACUGGUGGUCAAAAUAAAUCGUGUGAAUCUGAGAACUACCAUGUUAAGCUAAGAAUCAAGUCAUUCAACAUCCCAGAAUUGUUCAUUAAGGUCCCAGAAAAUGCAACCAUUGGAUCACUUAAGAGAACUGUCAUGGAUGUUGUCAAUAGUAUAAUGGAAGGUGGUCUACGCGUUGGUGUUCUUCUUCAAGGAAAGGAUAUCCAAGACGACAACAAGACACUUCGUCAAGCUGGGAUAUGCCAUGAUAAAAAACUAAAUAACAUAGACUUCACGUUGCAAUGCGAACGUGAGCGAGAGUCUCCCUCUGGAGUCAUUAUACCAGAACAGAUGGAUUUCCUCACUGCAGAUAUGGUGGAGCCAUUAGCUAGGAUGAAGUGUGAAGAACCUUUUCCUGAAGCUGAUGUCGGAGAUGACAACCAGCAGUCUAAAGCGCCUUAUCGAAGCCGCUCUCUCUCUGAUCUCUACUCUGUUCAUUGUCCUGUUGAGAUGGCUUCCCAAGACACAUCAGCAAGCUCCCAAGCCAUCAUCCCUGUUUCACCUGCACCUUCAGACAUGGGUGCUCUAGCCAUUGUGCCGCUUUGUAAGUCCAAGCGAUCCGAAAUUGGGCAAAGGCGCAUAAGGAGGCCCUUCACUGUUGGUGAGGUUGAGACGCUGGUGGGAGCGGUUGAACAGCUUGGGACUGGAAGGUGGAGAGCUGUUAAAACGCUUGCCUUUGACAAUAUAGAGCACAGGACCUAUGUCGACCUUAAGGACAAGUGGAAGACCCUGGUUCACACUGCAAAUAUAUCCCCGCAACAGCGAAGAGGUCAGCCAGUUCCACAAGAACUUCUGGACCGUGUCCUCGCAGCGCAGGCCUACUGGUCCCAGCACCUCCAGGACAAGCCCCGGGGCAAGGCUCGUCUUCUUCCUGAGAUUUGCUUUCCCUAG